CUGAAUCUUAUCCUAACGGCACUUCUGUAUUUACAGUUGGAGCUACUAUUCAAAGCAACAAUUCUCAUUCAUUUUUGCUGCUGGAAUCCGAAAGACCCGUGAAAAUGGAAUUUUCUGUUUGCAGCAUUGUGAAGGAUUUCAAGCGCUGCACUGGAGUAGCAGUUAUCUUUGAGAAUCCCGUAAUGCAACAAAAUGUCUCCCUCCAACUAGUUCCUGUCAAUAAUUCACUCUUUGUGAAACGUGGCUCUGUGCUCUUUAUGGCUGUUAAUCUUCUUUACGGAGUGGUAGUUGAUGUCGGCCAAGGAUGCCCAGCCUGUAUUGCCUUAAAGUGGGACCAUCCAGAAUCUGUCAUCUCAUUCCAAUUUCCAGUAUGUCGAUUACACAACAGAAGUGGUAUGUGUACUGGCAACACUGUCACAAGUGACUCUUUCAGACUGACAGAAUCCGGAAGGUUCAUGUUGAAUGUAACCGUUCACAACGAGAUCAGUUCAGUGCCCAUACAAGCAAUACUGCAAGCGGAGAGGGUUGUCAAAACUCUACUGUUAAGACGUUAUCCCGACAGAUUAGCAUAUGAGGUCAAUGACAAUAUUGAUGUCACAGGAGACUUUGGAUUUGCUAGUGAUGUCACGUUUCAGUGGUCAGUGAGUGAUGCUGACGCUCUGCAACUUAUCAGUCAGGUUUUGGAAAAUACCACCAGUCAUGCAAAAUAUAGGAUUAGCCGUGAGGGCAGAUACACUGUUCAAGGCAUUGCUUCAAACACUAUCAGUCGUCAAACUGCUAAAAUAACACUUCUAGUGCAGACAGUUUUGUCUCGACUUGAGAUAGUCACCGAUGGCAAUGUUGUGAAUGAUAGAGAACUGGUUGUCACUACUGAAAAAUUUUACAAGUUUGAAGCAGUUGCAUAUGGAUCAGCUAAUCAGUACUUCUGGACUGUACAAGAUGCUCAAAGUUUUCUAAAAGAACCUAGUUUGUGUCUUGGUCUUAACCAGUCUAGUGCACUUGCUGUUGGACGCCAGUGGCUUGUGACAUUUCCAUCACCCGGUUUGUAUGUUGUUUUUGUGUGUGCCACAAAUUUCCUCAUGAAACAUCCAAUCUCUGCCAAUGUUACAAUGAAUGUUUUGGCGCCCAUCAAAGAAGCAAAAAUGAUUGUCUUUCCUUCGUCGACUAUUCUUCAAAACACUACUGCUAUGUUUGUCAUACAGCUUGCACGUGGAACAUUGGUCACGUACAAGUGGACUGUAAACGAUCCUCUGGGAUUUAUUGUGACAAGUAUGGAGUCGACCAGCCCUUCAUUUAACUUCCAUUUUCGAAUCGUUGGUGACUACACUGUGACUUCUAAAGCAUCUAAUGACGUGAGCAGUGGCGACCUCCUGCAAACUGUUGUUCACGUGCAGCCACUUUUGUGUCUACCACCGCUUCUGACACCAGUUACUCUACCAUUAGUCCAAGAACAUUUGCGGUCGAGGUCAUUCCAACUUGAAGUCUCUGCGACUCCCAACUGCACAUUGUACAGAAUUCGCUACAAGUGGACUGUCUACCCCAAAACUGUUGGAGCCGACUGCUCAGUGAAGGCAUUUGCUGAGAUGUCGUUGAGAGGCAUCGCCACUGUCAAUCCCAUCAUUGCCGUUCCAGCACGUUAUUUUCAAUUGGGAACAUACUGUUUUCGAUUUGAAGCUUCUCUCGGAACUUCUUCAAGUACAGAGACUUUCGUUGUGUUAAUCAAAGAGUCUCCUUUGGUGGCUACUAUCAUUGGUGGCGACACACGACUUAUUGGUGCUUUGCAGGGGAUGAGAUUGGAUGGGACCGGUUCGUAUGAUCCUGAUGACAUCUUGGCGACCCAUGGCACACUGUCUUACUUCUGGUUUUGUUGGUCGACUGUGAGCUUGGGUGGGAUUGAAGCAUGUGAAGCGAUUGACGAUCUUGCUGCUUUUGAAAUCGAUAGCAACUGUUCUGUGGGAGGAGACGAGUCAAUGCCUUCGGUAGGACUAAGUGCAAACACUCUACAAGCUGGUAGAACGUACUUGUUUGAGUUACAAGUCUUGAAAGGGACUAGAAAUUCGUCGGCGCAGCAGCAGGUAUGUGUUACAGCUGGUGACCCCCCUGUAGCGCCCAUCAUCAAAUGCUUGUCUUGUGCUCGUCACGGAACGGAUGACUUUAUUCCCAGUCGACGGACGGAACUUGUUGCAGAAUGCAUAGACGAAAGCGGUUGCAGUCGUCAGACCUUCCGAUGGAAAGCAUACAACGUGACGGACGAGUCCAACCCUAUGGAAAUGAUCGUCGACAGUCGAGCGUCUUCUACUGGUACCAGUCGUCGCAAUCUAGUCGUAAACUCCAAUACACUUGACAGCAGUACGGUAUUUCGCUUUGAAUUGGUCGUAACCGAGCGAAAUCGUGACGGUGUUGGCUUCGCUAGCCUCACUCUUCGCCCCAACACUCCACCCAGGGGUGGAACGUGCGAGGUUGUCCCUCGUCGAGGGAUCACUCUGUUGACACAGUUUACGUUUUUGUGUCACGGUUGGAGAGACAACGACUCGCCUCUAGAGUAUCGAUUUGCUACUGGAUCGAAGCGCUCGCUUCGUUAUCAGAGAUCGAUAAUCUACAAAGGAUUUCGGAGUCAGUAUGUUGCUGAUUCGUUACCUCUUGGAGAUAUGGAGAGCAAUUACACGAUCUACGUUUUUAUCACCGUGCUAGAUCGAUUUGGUAGCGAAACGGAGGUCGAAAUGGAUGGGGAGGUGGUGGUCGAGCCUCUACCAGACGCAAGCAAUGCAGAUGUCGUGGAAAAGACGGCUCUGGCGCUGCUGGAGAAAGUUGAAAACAAUUUUGGUGAUGAUCCUCAGAGACUAACGGAAACAUGCGGAUCCAUAAUGGAGACGGUCAAUUUGGCAGCAGAUGCGGAGAUCGCACGAGGUGAGGUGAUCGCAGAGCACCGAUCUAAGAGAGCGGGUCUACGUCAGACAUGCGUCGACAAGCUAGAAACUCAAACAGUCGAGUCGGCGGACGAUGCCGUGCGUAUUGGUCCAAUACUGGUGAAAGCAACGAGUAAACCGGAAGAGUUUGUUAACAGAACGGCACAGAAGUCGGUCCUUAGCACUGUGAAGAAAAUCAUUGAAGCUGUCGAUGGGAACGGUGAUAGGAAAGAAACGGAAGAGAGUGUUGUUCAGGUGCUAGAGGUAUUCUCGAAUCUGAUCGUAGCAGGUCUACAGGACACUAGAACAGAAGGAGAGAGUUCUUACGUGAUAGUCGAGGAGACAGACUCCGUGGAGGUCGAGGAACUUUCCAAGAAUAUUGUCGAUCAAGUCGAAAAUAUUGGAAAAAUUGUUGCCGACAAUCAGGUGCUCGGGGAGGGACCGUCCGUAGUCGAGACUUCGCAGGUGACCGUUAUUGGAUCAAAAACAAGUCUCAGUGAUGUAGGUGGCGAGUCGAGCUCGCUUAUACAUGAUGACAUCGGGUUUACUCUUGGCGCCGGGUUUGCUGCCGAGCUAAGCAAUGAGACGAAUUCAUCAGAGAUUUUGCAGACUGUAUAUAGUUUCAAGAGCAAUCCUUAUUAUUACAGCAAGACGUCCGAGAGAGUUAAUUCGAAGGUGGUCGGUUUGGCGUUUAAGACGACUAGUAAUGAAGAGAUCGGAGUUGUCAACCUACCGGACAACAGUCAAGUCGUCGUCUCACUACCUCGAUCGGUCAAUACAGACUUGAAUGCGACCGAGGUUACGGCUACAUCGAGGAAUUAUACGUUUCUCCAGCUUAAUCUGUCAACUUUGUUGACAGACGAGGCAAUCAGCAUUGAAAUAGUCAUCGUAGACUCCUAUCAUGUUAAUAGUGACGACGGUGAGACGUCCACAUCAGACUCAGAAGCAUUAGACGUCUUUUUUCUUCAACACGAGGGACCAACAGAUUCGGAGGUGACCUCAUCAUCUCACCUGUUUGCUUUGAAUAUGGAGAUGUUCACUAAGUCGACUAACGUCAGUCAUCAGAACUACACUAUAUUUUUACUAGCCAGCUCGAUCAACGUGAGCACUAACCAGUUUGUUGCGAUGAAAAGUUUGCAUUCCGGUAUUGGCUUUAAUGUCUCUGUUCGUGUCUACUUUUCGGGUUGUUUCUUUUGGGAUGAGAAAAAUCAAUCGUACUCAUCCUACGGCUGUCGACCAAUCGAUAUCACGACGUAUGCUACUGCAAUCUGUCGAUGCAAUCAUCUGACGUCGUUUGCGGGUGGUCUGUUUCCCGCUCCCAAUCCAAUAGACUUCUCUUUGUUGGUUUCACUCGAUAUUGCUUCCAAUCCGAUCGCCAUGGUGACGCUAAUCGUCGUGUAUGCCGUAUUUGUCGUUGCUCUGGUGUACGCCCGUAGAGCUGACCUGCGAGACGACCGCUACGUGAGAGAGGUGCCAUUUUGUGGUCCCGACGGUCACUUUAAAUACGAGAUUUCUAUUCAGACCGGAUUCUGGUUUGGCUCAGGAACGUCCGCUAACGUGGGCAUCGUCCUUGCUGCUGGUAACUCGCUGUCUGGCAAGAGACAUUUGUGCAGACGUGGUGCGUUUCGCCGCAAUUCUGUCGACGUGUUUCAAGUCGCCUUUGACCAACAACUUGGUUCAAUCGAGAGGAUUCGUAUUUGGCACGACAACUCUGGGAAUUCUCCUUCGUGGAAUUUGAUCCGCAUCCAAGUAAAAGACAUGCAAUCAGGAGAGGUUUUUCAUUUUGUAGUUAAUGAUUGGUUGUCUGUUGAUUCGGACACUGGGAGGUUGGAUGUGGAGGUACUAGUGGCGGAGGAAAAAGAUCUAAAACGUUUUACAAACGUUUUCUUUGAACAAACAACUCGUGGCUUUUCGGAAAAGCAUCUUUGGUUGUCUGUUGCAGAAAGACCGGCUCGUAACAGAUUUACUCGCGUUCAGCGAGUCACCUGUUGCCUCAGCCUCUUUAUCAGCUUCGCAACGGCAAGCGCAAUGUGGUACGGAGUAGCCCCCGAGGAACACACUGGUUUCGACUUGGGAUUUACGACGCUGUCUUACCAGCAAAUUGGAAUCAGUCUGAUGGCGACGGCCAUGACAUUUCCUCUAAAUUUAAUCUGGAUCACCAUGUUUCGCAAAGCUCGCUUGAAAACCCCGUCAAAAGUAACUCCAGAAGCGCCUUCAAAUGAGAAAAACAUAAGGGUUCGUAGCGAUCAAGUCUCUACUGAAACGAGCGGUCAGGCGAGUGAUGAUCCCAUUCUGUUGUCUUACAAACAGGACACGUCUGACACUUCCAUAACUGACAACGACACGCUAUUUCGUCGAACGUCGUCGGUUGUUACUCCUCCGUCUCUCAAAGGGCUCGUCAUCGGGGAGAGAAUGACGAUGUCGUUGAACUUUUUAAAAGAAGUAGAUGCCGAGUCCGAACCGGCAGACAAAGAUGCGUCGUCUCCGCUGGAAAAGACGGCGAUUCGUCGUCGUUUCCGAUUGCCUCAUUGGGUCGUUUAUGUUGCGUAUUUGGGCUGCUUUGCUACUUGCGCAACGGGAUCGGCCGUCAUCAUGAUAUACGGGCAACAAUUCGAACGGACGAAGGCACUGCAGUGGGUAGCAACCAUGUUUCUAUCCUUCUUUGAAUCGAUCAUAUUGUUUGAACCCUUCAAGGUUCUUGUUAUCGCUACGUUUCUGGCCUUGAUUAUCAAACCAAAAAGUGCGACAGAAGACGACGUAUCCGUUGAAGUAAAGCAGACCGAAACGAUCGAGGAGAUUGGCGACGUCAAAAUGUUUACUGAUGAUGAUCGAAAUGCAGCUCGAAUUCAACGUCAGAAGCAGAAACACAUGACGGAUGCGAUCUGGGAGAUCAUUAUCUAUUUUGUCUUUCUCGGUCUGGUGACUACUGUUGCGUACUCCGAUCGUGACGAGCGCGCUUAUCGUAUGACCGACAUGUCGGAGAGACUGUUUGACGUGGAGGAUUCGUUCAGUGACAUUAACACCGCCGAUGAUUUCUUCCAAUGGGCCAAUUCGACGCUCGUAGACGGUCUGUAUUGGAAUCGAUGGUAUAACGGUGAUCCAGUUGUUCACACGGGAUUCGUUAAGAAUGGCAUUGGGAAGCUACUCGGAGGGGCAAGAUUGAGACAAAUUCGAGUAAAGAAUGAUUCUUGUGACGUGGCCGACGCCUUUGAGGACGAAAUUGGGCAUUGCUACUCACAGAGAAAAGCCGGAAACGAGCAUAGUAGUUACGGUGUGGGAUGGACCGAUAGUGGAAACGAAAGCGAGCGGUCGUGGCGAUGGAGCAGUAGCUCGGAUCUAGACGGUGUUCCUUACUGGGGUAAAGUAGACAUCUACUCUGGCAGUGGUUACGUACAAGACCUCGGACAGACUGAAACUCAAGCCAGAAGAGUUUUGGCAUCAUUGAUUGCUAACCGAUGGAUCGACCGCCAGACGAGAGCCGUGUUUGUUGAAUGCACGUUGUAUAACGCCAACGUAAACUUGUUCCAGUCCAUUACAUUCUUGGUCGAGUUUACUGCCGCAGGUGGUGCAGUUUCGUCUCAUCAGGUUUUUUCCGUCAGACUCAUUCGAUACGUAACCGUACUCGAUUCCGUCAAGAUGGCGUGCGAGAUUGUGUUUGGCUUUUUUAUUCUCUUCUAUACGUAUCAGUUUUUCAAGGAGGCGCGGCGCGCUAGGAUGCGAGCGUUUGUCAAAAUGUUUUGGACUUGGAUCGAUGUCUGCUUUCUGCUGCUGUCCUACGUGGCAGUCGGUUAUGCCAUUUAUCGCGUCGUUGCUAUCGACAGGCUCUUGAGGCGAUUCGGCAGAACACCUCGCAUGUUUACAAAUUUCUACCCGACCGUACUCGUCAACGUUGCAAUGCAGUACGUUCUUGCUUUUUUGGUAUUUCUGGCUACCGUAAAGGCGCUUAAACUUUUCCGCUUCAAUCGGACGACGGCUAUGCUAGGGCUAGUACUAAAGGCAGCCGCUUGGGAACUUGUUUCGAUCAAUGUAUUCUUGAUCGUUUUGUUAUGGACGUUUGCUCAAUUUGGAUAUUUGGUUUUGCAAGAGAACGCCGAGUUUCGUUCUCCGGGAGCUGCAAUGAUCACCUUGAUAAGCGCCAUGCUUGGAGAAUUCGACUACUACGGAUGGGUCGACGUGAAUCGUAUUCUUGCGCCGGUCAUGUUUUUCUGUUUCAACCUCGCCGUUUUCUUCAUCUUGUUGGGCGUCUUUGUCGCCAUUCUAAAUCUAUCUGCUCGUUCGGUGCGGUUGUCGAUUCAACAGCAGAGUAACGAUUUCGAACUGAUGGAGUAUAUGCUAAGACGCUUACGUUUGUGGCUUGGCUUCGAAACAAAGGCAACGGCUAGGGACAAAGAAGACGUACCCGAUGGUAAUGAGAUUUCUCGUAGUCGCACGGUUGUCCAAGUCGUGGAUUUUGAGCCAAAACGAGAGUAUGACCGACAGGUUAGACAACCAGAUACCGAAGAUGGGAUACAAAGUGGCGACAUGAUCACGAGUGAUGAUAAUGAUGAUGCGUAUGUGCUUAGCGUACGUAUAGACACUUUAUCAUCAAAGAUGGACGCAGUCCUUCUCCUUGUGGAUGAACUUCCAUCAAAACUGACCGUCGACGAGGUCUCGGCCAUCGGUCACUGAAUGCAAGGUCAAACUACUGUACGUAGUAUACUUCUAUAUUGUUUACGUUAUAUCCAGGAUUUAUAACGACAUAAAUAAAGCUGCUUGCAAACGCGCUCUGUAUUUGUUAUAUAAUAAUAGUACAUUGUA